AUGGGACCGAUUCGGGACCCAUUGUCGACAGUUAUACCAAUGACUGUGGUAUAUGUGUUGAUACUAUUGACAGGAGUGGUGGGCAAUGUAUGUACUUGUGUGGUGAUUGCCAACAACAAGUAUAUGCACACCGCAACCAAUUACUAUUUGUUUAGUUUAGCCGUUUCUGAUCUAUUGCUUCUACUUCUGGGACUUCCGCAAGAGUUGUAUCAAUUGUGGCAAAAAUAUCCGUAUGUUUUUGGAGAAAGCGUUUGUAUAUUAAGAGGACUGACAUCUGAGAUGUCAACAAAUGCCUCAAUAUUAACCAUAACUGCAUUCACUGUUGAAAGAUAUGUAGCGAUAUGUCAUCCAUUGAAAGCCCACACAAUGUCUCAAUUGCCGCGAGCUAUCAAAACAAUACUAAUUAUUUGGGCACUGGGAGCUAUAUGUGCCGUACCGGUUGCCUGGCAGUUUGGUAUUCUCUAUUUGCUUACGAGCACUGGUAUGCAGAUCUAUGAAUCGGCUCAAUGCACAGUCAAACGAGUGAUCUUUGAAUACGGAUUUGAGACAACAACUCUUGUAUUCUUCAUUAUUCCCAUUACAUUGAUAUCAGUUCUCUAUGUUUUGAUUGGAGUUCAUCUCCACAGAAGUUCACGUCAAGUGAGAAGCGGAUCAUUGAAGGAGUUGUCGACCUCUGAGACCAACAGUUCUCAUAAUCAUUCAGUUGACUAUCAACGACACAACUCAACAUCCAGUGCUCAAAACAAACAAAACGCUUCGAGACGAUCGGUCAUCAAAAUGUUAGUUGCGGUCGUCAUUUCCUUCUUUUUCUGUUAUUCUCCAUUUCACGCGCAACGAGUGCUGGCCGUCAAUAUUGUCCGAAACAAUGUGCGGACACCAGUUAUAAUCAGUGUCUACACAAUACUAACCCAUAUAUCUGGCGUCACUUACUAUCUGAGCUCAACUAUAAAUCCAAUACUCUAUCAACUUAUGUCUCGAAAAUAUCGGAUUGCUUUCAGAGAUACGUUUGGCAAAUGUAUUCCUUGUCUAAAACGGUCGCAAAUACCUGAGUUGACCUAUUCUGCAGUCCUUACGGGAAAUGCCAACUCAUUUGUAUUGUACAGAUCGGGUUCGGCCUACAGUAGCAAUGGUUCCGCACGCAGAGGUAGCGCCAGUAUUCACUCAUCGGGAUCUCUAAGAAGGUCACAAAAUCUUGAUAGGGAUGGACCCAAACCUAAAUAUUCGACUUCAUGUACUAAUCUAUUGGAAUUACCCAAUAAUUCAUGUCGUUCCCCUAUUAAUAAUAAUAGUAACAAUAGUGGAAAUUUUUUAACAGUUCCUGUAUCACAUGUUUAA